AUGGCAACUGUCACAACGCAAUCCCCUACCGCGGUUUUCCGACCAUGUGCAUCGAGGAAGAUGUUCCUUAGCGGUUCUUCCGGUCGGUUGAACCGGGAUUUAUCGGUUAAACAGAUUGGCUUAUCAACUAAUACGGCGUCGUUCAAAAUCGAAGCCAAGAAAGGAGAAUGGUUGCCCGGUUUAGCAUCGCCGGGUUACCUCACCGGCAGGUAA